UUCUUAUUGCGACACAUUGUUGCGGUUGGGGUUGGGGCAAGUUUGUGUUACGAAAGCUGCCGGAGAUUUAGAUGCCGAACGAGGUGUUGCUGCGAGAAAUUGAAUGUUAGAAAGAAAUGGCAAUGGCAGCUCAAUGGCUUACGAAAUCCAUGAUUUACUCUUUUAGACUUGAAGGAAGAUUGAGGUUUUCGUUUCCAACAACAGCGAAGACUCUUGAAGGAAGAUUCAUUCUGUCCACAACCAGGAGAAGAAGGUUGUUUUGGGGUUCUAAUGACUGUCAAAUUCGUAACAGCAGUUGCAGUAGUAAUAACAACAAGAGUUACUUGGAAUUGAGCGAUGAAGAGCUGAUGAAGCAGUGCGAAAUGGAUACUUUCAAGUCCUCCGGCCCCGGCGGUCAGCACCGCAACAAGAGAGAGUCCGCCGUCCGUCUCAAGCACCUUCCCACCGGUGUUCUCGCCCAGGCUGCUGAGGACCGUUCUCAGCAUAUGAAUCGCGAAUCAGCCUUGUCGCGUCUUCGAACUCUAAUAGCUCUCAAAGUCAGGAACUCUGUCAAUCUCGAUGAAUAUUCGCCUCCUCAGGAGCUCCUUCAAAUUCUUCCCCUAAAGUCGACGAUUAGACCGUCGGAUAUUGGUCCACAAAUUGGUCCUAAAAAUCCUAAAUUUGCUUUGGGGAUGCAAGCGCUGUUAGACCUAAUCGUUGCAGUUGAGGGUUCUGUUUCUGAAGCAGCAAAGUUUAUAGGGUUGAGUACUGGAGCAUUGUCUCGGUUGAUUCUUUCAGAUGAUGCUCUUCGUAAGGCAGUAAAUGACUUGAGGACUGUCAAGGGUAUGAAGCCUCUCAAAUGAGGACUGCUUCAACGCUAACCACUUUCAGGUUAUUAGGGGACGUGGUCUGUGUUAGAAUACAGGACGAAACGAGCAAUUUUAGUUUACAGAUGUGGUGUCUGUCAUACAUCUCAUUCUCGAUCAUUCCGACAAAAAGGGUAUGUGACCAUAGCGAUGUCAUGCUUAGCUUUAGUUGAUCCAUUACCAGUUCAAAAAUGUUUGUUCUUUAUUUGCUUCUGGAUGUGGUCAGACCCCUGUAGUGAUUGUUGUCUGUAUGUUCGGAAUUAUUACUUGCUUAACGUGUAAGCCAGAAUUUCUCAUAGUACUUUAUUCAAUUGUUCUCCCGUGCUCCAUAUUAUCAUAUUAUUGUGUUGUUAUGC